ACCUUGGGUACGUGAUCAGACCUGGGAAGAGGAGCAGGGGGUAGGAACUGGACUUCGAACUACAUAAAGCAUCCAGCCCCAUCCUGUGUAUUUGUGAGACAAACUCCGAUCGCCACUGUCCAUCUACCAUGGGGGAGAGCAUGAGUAAACCCUCCGUUGCGCCCUUUCAGGACGUUGCCUUCUUCACCGCUUUCAAGCCCUACAACCUUCCUCCCACCAAUAACACACCCCCUCGACCCAGCAUCUUCUCCACGCUGAGACGGCCUCCGGUCGCCAAGCCCAAUGAGUUCAUUCCUCUUUUCAGUGACUGCAUCGCUGCUGCCUCAUCCCGAACUCAAGAGUACCUCCUCUUCAAGGACCCCGAAGACAAGUUCCACCCCAGCCCAGAGGCCCUCACUCAGAUCUUCCUAAUGACGUACAUCUCCCAGAGCGUCAACCUCAACUUGACAGACAUCUUUAACUGCACGGCCAUGACCCCUGAGCAACGCAUCCUGCUGGGGGCCGACUGGGUGUGGGCUGUGUUGGAGAAGUCCACCAAGAACCCUCGCAUCCAGAUCGCCGUGCAAGUACGCCACCUGUCCGACAAGGAGGACGGCGAAGAGGACGCCGCUCUCCCAGAGACAUGCAGCGAAACUGUCCAAAUGGCCCAAAGGGAGUCCAGCGACAGGAACAUGUAUGAGAGGAUGGUGGACUUCUGCACCUCCGUCGGCAAGGACUGCUACGCUCUGUUCUUGUUUUUAGGGAGGAAAAACGACAAGAGCAAUAUCUACGGCGUACUCAGCAACAACUUUGAGGCGGCCAUUGGGAAGUGCAACAAGAUCGACAGAGCUCUUCUCGAGAACUUCUUCAAGGGAUCACGGUACCUGCACACACCGUCUGGAAUGAUGCAGGCCGUCGUCACCAGGACUGAGGGUGACCCUCUCACCCUCAUGAUUAAAUUCAGCUGAUCCCAAGAUCUUACAUUAAAUAUCAUAUUCUCAUAAGCAAUUCUUAGGAUGUUUAACAGUGGUUCUAAAGAGUGCUGAGUACUAAGUCAAACACUCCAUUCUCUAGUCAACCGAUUUGUUCUAAUUUCAACGCAAUUCCCCGAUUAUAAGUGAUAUAAUUAUUUCUAGCAUCAAACUGUCACCAUUAUAAAACCUUAAAUUAACUUACUGCAGGCAAUGUUAGGUUUUCCAAGGAUCUCCACUUCUAUGUCUUUCUGUGACUCUUCCGGUCUCAGUUGCAAAUGAACCAUUGUAAGGCUUGAAACAGAAUGUUGGCAGAAGGAGGUGACUGCUGAUCUUACAGUGUCAUCAGCAGGUUGCAACUGAGAUUACAGACUGUAAGAGUCACAGAACGGCGCAGAAGUGGACUGUGGUCGAUUCAUGGAGCAAAAUCCUGUUGUGUAUUUUGCCAAGACAGUUUCUUGUUAGAGAACAGAAAGUUGUGCAAAAAGCAAGGAAACACUGAUCAAAUGCAUGUGCAUUCUAAAGUUCAGAGAUCAAAUUAAAUUCACUUGUAAAGGUUAUAGUGCAUUUUCGGUUCAUCCUAAAACGUCACACGAAAACCGAAUAUCCCGAACGUUUUGUGAGUGGUGUCUGACUUUACAGAUUCUUUCAUCAUUAAUCCUGUUUUAUUGUUGAGUAAGGAUGGAUGAAUAUUUGACUAAAUUUCCUUAAUUGACUUAAAAAAAAGUCAAUUAAGGAAUUGUAAUUACAUUGUAAUUACAGUACAACCCUUUUUUUACAUGGGGCCUCCAUUUCCAGUUCUCCUUUGCUGUUACUGUGCUGUAAUAUCUCACUCACACUCACAAACUCACACACACACACGCAACAAAUUCUGUCUCUAAAGUGUCCUGGCAUGAAGUCUUGCAAGAUUUGCUGAUGUGACGUCACGCAUUAAAGGUGCUUUGACCUCCAAGCUUCAGUGCAACUUUGGGCAACUUGGAUUUCAAAACUCGAUGAGUAUUUAGGCUUUUUCUUUCAUAAUCUGACAUUCUUCCAUGUACCAAAAAGUCUAUGUUGUAAUUUUUUUCUGAAAUUUAACUCUCAAGACCUUCUGUUGUUUUAAAGACAUUCAUUCCUUUUCACUGCAUUAUUUGUUGGCCACCUUCAAAGAUGGGUCAGACCCGUUGAUGUGUUGUUUAAAAAUGUCAUCCCUCCCUUUAAUUAUGUAUACUAAUAGUCUUGUCACAUUCUUGGAGCAUUUCUUUUAUUUGAAUAAAGUAGAAUUCACAAAAUUUUAAAUUAAGUCCUCAAUGGAACACAAUUUGAACCAAAAAAAAUUACUUACUACUGUAAAACCCAUAAUGUAAAUUGAAAGAAAAUAUUGUGCAACGUAUCAUCGCCCAACACAAGGCAGGAAAGUAAGAAAUGUUUACUUAGAGAGAAUGCAAAUGGCACAGUGUGUGACAACAGCAUUGCUAAUAUUUGGACUGCAGGACGAAACCCUCCAGUCUCAUUUCACAAGUAAAUAAUUGAGUGGUGCAUAACAACCGUGAGAGGCUUUUUCCCUCCCAUGUAUUAUUUUAUGCUUCACACUGUAAAACUGGAGUUGAAUAUUGUUGUUAACACUUCAUAAAGAUCAUAAAAGCCUUUUACCGCCUACUGAUGUUAGACACCAAUACAUUGGCAUCCUUGUGUCU